AUGGAUGAGGCUGAAGAGACUAUUGCUUGCCGACGCUUGAAUGUCGCUGCUCACUCAGUACUUGGAGAUGCAAAGCUUUGCAUGGCCAUCAUAGGUCAUGUUAGUAAUAUCUUCAGGGACAGGUUGGGAAUCAACUCGAACAAGUUGAUCAAGGGUCGACAACUGUUGUACAACGAAUCACUCCACGACUACAUCAAGUAUGGCGCCACUGAGUGGCUGGUCAAAUCACUCGACGAUCACUAUGCUGGACCCUCUCGUCCAUAUCCUUAUCCCUUCAACAAAAAGCUAAUGGAUGUGGCCAUCAAUCGAUCCGACAAUCAUACACUCUCGACACUCUAUGCCCUCCCAUCAUUGACAAUGGGGAUGGGGAAUGGCACUAGGAUCGUUGAUCCCAAAUACCUAUCACAAUGCUCCGAUCCAAGUUGGACCCAGAUAUUGGAGGAUGUAAUAUGGAUGUCACAGAGGAGGAUUGAGAUUGCUCCAAACUAUAUGGUCCAGCUGGAUGAUCCAUUAUUCCUGCGUCAAUGUAUCUUGAGUGGCGUGGAUAUCAAGCCACUCAAAGAAUACAUCUACCCCAAGGAUGUCAAGUACCUCUUCCCCUGGCUGACCAAACCCUGGGCGAUGGAGAUGCUUCAACUCCUCCACGAGAAGAACAUUGUCAACGACAAGUCAAUGUGCACCAUCCUCAGCAUGUCAACCAAGGAUCAUCUGCAUCACAUCACCAACUUCAUUCUCCAACAUUAUCCAACGAUACUGGAGACCAACCUUGAAUAUCUGGUACCCGAGUGCAGUAGUAAUGGCAAUCUAGAGUUGUUUGGAAUAAUGGCUGGCUCAAACGUCCUGUUGCCCGAGCACUUGGAGAACAUAUUCUCAAUGGCAUCAGCCAAAGGACACUUGGCCAUUGUCAUAAAUGCAAACAACAUGCUACAAACGCUCCACAAUUGGUGCUUCUCAAUGCUGCCAUACCUUGGAGAAGCUCUAUCCAAUGGACAUCUGUACGUUGUCAAUUACAUUCUCGGAGCUCCACCUGUUGAACGAUCUACUGCAGUCAACGUUGCAGCGGAAAUGUUCAUUGUGGACAUCCAUCACUCAAUAAUAUCGCUUGACUUGAUUGCUCGAUUGUUCCAAGUGCCAAACCUCCACCAUUCCUACAAAAAUGUGAUGGCGAGCGCCAUCAAAGCAGGAGAUCGAGAGGUUAUCGAGCGACUCGAGCAAGGACACAAAUAUCUCAAAACAGACUAUUCGAUUGCCUUGGGUAUGGCGGCAAUAGUUGGCGAUGAGAUCAGCGCUACGAUGAUCUUGGACAAGCAUAAACAUCUUUGCUUGCCCAUAAAGCUCAUGUCUGGCGCAACAUUUGAUCCAAAAGAUUGGGCGUUGGUCCAUCCCAAUAUUGGCAUUAUGAUUGCCAAUAUCAUCGACCCUGAUAAACACCAGAUCAUGGUCGGACAUGUGGUUUCAUCACUCGACAUCCCUGGUAGUACCGCCACUUCCAAAUGCAGAAAGUGCUCAACAGAGAUUGUUGGAGAGACAGUCCAUGCCCUGGAUGCUGAUUGGUGCGCCAAGUGUUUCACUUGCAGCAUGUGCAAUCAACCAUUGAAGUCAUACUUCCUCAGCUCAGCUGGAAAACCAUUGUGCAAGGUGGACUAUGAACGCACUGCGCUCGACAAGUGUGUCAGCUGCCACACACCAAUCACUGGACAGAAGUUAACAGACAACAUUGGCCAGCACUACCAUCCCGAGUGCUUCAGAUGCACAACAUGUAAUAUAGCGAUGGAUGGACAGUUCUUUGUCAGGAACGGACAGAUCAAGUGUACCGCCUGCAACGAGCAUCUCAAGAACGAGGAGAAAAAGACCAUUGGCAAGGAGAUGGGUCCAUGUGGAUUCUGCACAAAGGGUUGCAACACUGCCGAGGGCACCGUCAUUGUCAUUAGUCCCGAGGAGAGAUACCAUAGACACUGUUUCAAGUGUGUCAAGUGCAAGAAUGAGAUACAAGGAGAGUUCUACACACUUGACAAUGUCAAGUCCAGUAAGUACCUUGUGGAUACAUCCACCUCAUUCCCCUACUAA